CCACACGUCAGUUCAGACGCUCUCGGAGUGUCAUGUGGUUUACAAGCCGGAAAAGCCUGAACCAGGAACCGGAUGUGUUUUGUUGCUCCGGCGAAGCGCUGGAGAGAUGGCCACCGGGACAGACCAAGCAGUAGGAUUUGGCCUCGUCGCUGUUAGCUUGAUCAUCUUCACCUACUACACCACCUGGGUGAUUCUUUUGCCAUUCAUUGACAGCCAGCAUGUCAUCCACAAGUACUUCCUGCCCCGCGCCUACGCUGUCCUCCUCCCAUUGGCUGCAGGUCUCCUGCUGCUCCUGUUUGUGGGAUUGUUCAUCACCUAUGUGAUGCUGAAGAGCCAGAAGAUGACCAAGAAGGCUCAGUGAAGGUCCAGCAGGGAUGAGGCUGCAGGGGCCUUCUCCAUAUCUCCUCCAGGGAAGGGACCAAGGGUCACAGCCUACAGGACAGUCAAGCUGGCUACAAUGCCACCCUCUGAGACAUGGGGCUAUUUACGGUCUCAGUGUGACAAACUGGAGCCCUCUCUCUCUCUUGGUCAUCCUUUUAGAAGGCAAGAGGAAGGCGGAUGGGAAGCCUCUUGCUCACCUCCUUUGGGCUCAGAGGCUGAACAUUGCUGGUCCCGUCUACCUCACAGUCAAAGCUCCCUGUCCCUUCUGCAGGGUUUCCUCCUCUCACCUCUGUGCUCCUCCUGCUGUGCUCAUAGACUGAGCAGGUUCCAGGAUGUGUGCAGCCUUCCUGCCUCUCUGUAUGAAUCCUAUCCCGUCCCAAGGCAGCUCUUCCAAGUCUGACACUUCACCCCAGGCUCCAUGUGGACUUCUGGACCCAGAAGGCCCUGGGCAAAGACUGACAAACCCCAGAACCACAGGGAUACGUCCAGGCAGCCACACCAGACUCCAGCUGACCUGUUUGGGAAAACGUACAAAUAAAGGUUAAUUGCGUUGGU